UCGGUUAGGGAGAGGUACAACUGGAAUUUAAUGUUGACAUAAGUCGUGGUCCCCACUUUUAAAUGCAUAAAGUGUUGCAGUUGCAUAGCACCCAAUUCAGCCCCGAGGAAAUACCUAUAUUGAUAAUGAAUCCUGCCUCUCCUUUUGCUAUUUUCUCGCUGUACCGACAAAUGAUUCGUAAAGCAAGGACACUUUCUUACACUGACAAGAACUUUUAUCUGCGUAGAGUUCGAAAGGAAUUUGAUAAGAACAAAUCUAUCACUGAUCCUUAUGAGCUACAGCGCUCUCUUGAGAAGGGCAAAGCAUUUUUGCGUCGUGACAGAGUUCUGUGAGGGAAUCCAGUAAAAGAAAUAUUGGAUAAUUUGGAAAUAGUCUUCCUAAAUUUUUACCUCCUUAAUUGAAGCAACCUUUACUGGAAAAUGUUAGCAAUGAAACUACUAGGUGAUUUGGUUUUAUCUCCUAACCCAUCCCACCAUCACUCAAUAAUUUUAAAUCAAACAAUUCAAAAUUCUCUCUACUGAUGCAUAGAUGCCUGAGCUCAUAAGUUCAAGUUUAGUUCAUUCAUGUGAUAUAAAUAUAUAUCAUCAUCAUCAUAUAUACACACACACACACACAUAUGCAUGUAUUUACAUAUAUAUGUAUAUGUGUUUAUGUAUAUAUGAUGAUAAUGAUGUAAAUAUUUAUGUAUAUGAAAUACAUACUUGUUAAGUAGGCAUUAAAAUUUUAGUUCAUCUAAAAUAUUUAACUGCAAAAAUGUUUUGAACUGUGUUAAACUCUGUCUAAUUUGCAUAAAAGUGCAUAUGAUGGUAACAUAGAUGAGUAACUCAUAGUGCACUACUCAAUACUUUUGAAAAACCUAGAUUAUAAAGCAUUCUUUGGUUAAUUAAAUAACCUAGCUGUAAAAAAUAAUUGAAGUAAUUACUUGACUAACUGGUUUAGUUGAGUCUUAGUUUGUAUACCAUGAAUAGCUAUAUGCUACACAUUUCUCUCUGGACAGAGGUUGGGUACUCUGCUUCUGGUGAAGGUCACUGAUAACUAAAAACUAGUCAAUCUCACUUCUAUUGCCCAAGGAGAGAUAAAACUUGUGUAACUAUUUUGUCAUUUUUCACAACAAGACUAAAACUGUGUUUAUUUAAAAAAAAAGUAUACGUAUUCAUUGUCAUCAUCAUCAUCAUCAUCAUUGUACAUCUGCUUUCCAUGCUGGCAUGGGUUGGAUGGGUUGCCAUAGCCAUUUCUUAUUGGGAGCUGCUAACUUACAUAGACUGGUGUUUGCACAUGGCUCUGGCUUGCUUUCUGUGGCUGAAUGCUCUUCAUUUCAGUCACUACUUUAGGAAGUGUACUCAGUACAUUAACAUUAGCGAAGUUGAAAGAAAGACCUCAGAACCUUUCGCAUUCUCUGUUGAUUUGCUAACCAGUGCACUCUGAAUUAAUUAAGGACUAAUUAAAGAUUAAAUGAUGUGUGUGUGUCACUAUCUGUUUAUCUAGCCAUCUUUCAGCUCAUCUUUAAUAUUUAAUUAAGCAUUUAUCAGUUAUGACUGUACUCUUGGUGCUACCUCUGUAUGAUGUGACAAAGAGCUGAAUAAUUUUUCCUGAGUUAGGGAAAUCUAAAUUGUUGUGUUUGGAAUAUAUAUAUAAUAAACUAAUGUGCCUUCCUAAUUGUCACUGAUAGGUGAAAGUUACUAGUAACUUCAACAGAUCCUUGAAAGAAUGUUCACAUAGCAAGGCUGUUGAGAAGACCAGCACAGUUUUUUUGAUGGUUGUGAAUUUUGUGCCAGAGCAAUGUUUGUAUAUUUGAGUUUCUGCUUACAACAGAAUCUAGGGAUAGAAAAUCAACAAUAAUUAUGAAAAAAUAUUUCUAACCUGUUUAGUAAAAAUUAAAUGUUAAAAUUCCGUUAAAGUGAUCCAGAUAUUUUUAUUACAGAGAUUUCAUGUCUAAGAUUUUUAAACCAUAUUUGACAAACUUAUGAUUCAAAUGAUGUCAAUACUUUUUUUUCUUUUUUUUUUUUACAUAGCUGUAAGCUCCGGGUUUUUGAUAAAUUAAUAUCAGUAAGGACUAUAUUGGAAGUAAGAUUUGGGUUUUGGUUAGAGUUGUCUUUUAAAAUAUUGACUUUCUCUAAGUUAGAGAACUCUUUAACCUUUCUGUGAUAUUUCUAAUACAUCACCUAGGUGUUUGAAUUCAUAUUAAAAAUAAUCAUGAACUUGGUGGGAUUUAGUGAAAUAGCUAACUUUAUCAAGAAGGUGGUGCCAGGAUUAUAGCUCAACAAAAGAUUCUUAAAUUUAAAUCAUGACAAGAAGUUUAAAAUUAAAUAUGAACACUUUUAAAAGGAAAUAUAGAAGACCUAGUAGUUGUUACAAUUGAGUUUAAAUCAAAGGGUUAAGCAGAAUCAAUUGUGGCAACCCAGCAAUAAAUGAUGUUACAGUUUUGAACUUCUCACUUAAUCCUCUCUUUUUUUUGUUCUAACCAGCACAAGCCUUAAUCUAUUGAAUAAAAUUACUCUAUUAUCAAUUUCA